UUCUCCUCAUCCCUGUUUGAGCUCACUCCACUUGUCUGAGGCCAUGGACCCUGGAGAGUGUACCUGUAUGUCUGGAGGAAUCUGCAUCUGUGGUGAUAACUGCAAAUGUACAUCCUGUAGCUGUAAGACAUGUCGGAAAAGUUGCUGUCCCUGCUGCCCACCUGGUUGUGCCAAAUGUGCCCAAGGAUGUAUUUGCAAAGGAGGAUCGAAUAAAUGCAGUUGCUGCCCAUGAAAUAUGCAUGUGCAAUGAUAAGAUGGGAUGGGGAGGGGAAGGAUUGCUAGGAAAUCUUCUGUAUGUUUGCUUAUUUGAGAAAAUGACGUGCGUGUACAGUGUGUUGUAUUUUUUAUAUAUUUGUCCAAGCUUAACCUUGGUAACCUUCCUAUAAGGCAAUCCUAGCAAUAAAAAUCUUGUUAUGUU